AUGGAACAUCGAUUAGUGUUGAAUAACCGAUCGGAGUCGGACAUUCCGGAUCGCGUUUUAUGUGGGCAACUACAACAACAGUUGAAGUACUAUAAGUUUCGUCGCGUGCAUGCGAAAGAUGGAAAGGAUAUUUAUUACCUAUUCUUCAAAAGAGAAGAAGAAACAUAUUAUGCAUUGCAAGCAGGGAAAUCCAUCAAAAAUAUUUCUCUCGUGCGAUAUCGCCAUCGCAAUAUGACUGCUGCACCUGUAUGUCGUCCUGAUGAAAUUUUACCAAAUGAAGCACAGUAUCAACCUGUUCCUUCACGUCGUACUGUUGAUAUUAUACGAUACAAUUUCAGUAGAUAUAUCGAUCGAUUUUCCAAUAAAGAUGUCUUUAAAUUAUGCAUUAAACGUUUAUCAGAACAGGUAGUCGUCCAACGAAUGAAUAUGUACGAAAUACAGACAAGAAAUUGCAAAGUUAACCAUUGGUGGUGGUUAAAUCCACAAUAUACUGUCAAUAAUCAUCAAAACAUACAGAAGAUUAUGGACAUCUUUUUUACGUGA